UAGGUAAAACUAAUCUCUAGUGCACUUUGUUCAUAAUAAAAUGCAAGAAGUCUGCAGUAGUUUAGACCCCCAAAUGGGAGCACAAAUAAAAUCCGAAUCCCCGCUGAAUCCCUUGCACAUUCAAACCGGACAAACAAUUAUACCACCAGUCGUGCUCGGUGGCAAUACCCCAGGUGGGCCUGUCGUUGUCUCCGGAGGUGGUAGUGGUGGCGGUGGAGGUGGCAUUGGUAAUGCUACACCCAACAACAAAAUGGCACCAAACUGUGAUAAACGCGCCGAUACGGCAUACUGGAUGGGCACCGAAAGUGGCUUCAUCAAUUCUCAGCCAUCGAUGGCCGAGUUCCUCAAUCAUCUGAGUCCGGAGAGUCCCAAAAUGGUCGGCACUCCCGGAUAUCCGGUUGUGCAAGCGGUCGACAGCAUGGACUCGGUGCCUGAAUAUCCCUGGAUGAAGGAAAAGAAGACAUCGCGAAAGAACAACAAUCAAGGUGAGACAUCAAUAAAAAAUGGCCUUCCUCGACGAUUACGUACCGCUUAUACCAACACUCAACUGCUGGAGCUUGAAAAAGAAUUCCAUUUUAAUAAAUACUUAUGCCGCCCUCGAAGAAUUGAAAUUGCAGCCAGCUUAGAUCUAACCGAAAGACAGGUCAAAGUUUGGUUUCAAAAUCGUCGAAUGAAACAUAAGCGUCAAACGCUAUCCAAGACCGAUGACGAAGACAACAAAGACAGCUUAAAAGGUGAUGAUGACAAUCAGUCAGAUAGUAAUUCAAAUUCUAAAAAAUCCUGUCAAGGCUGUGAGUUACCAUCGGAUGAUAUCCCCGAUUCAACAUCAAAUUCAAGGGGACACAAUAAUAACACCCCAAGUGCAACAAACAAUAAUCAAAGUACCGGAAGUUUAACACCUAAUUCAACGUUGGAAUCUGGUAUAUCGUCGAAUAAUAAUAACCUGGGUAAUAAUACAGUUUCGGCAUCAAAUGUGAUUAGCGCUGAUUCAAGCGUAGCUUCAAGUGUGAGCUUAGACGAUGAAGAUGAAAGUCCGGCUAAAGUUAAGAAAAAAGACACUGAACAGAUUGUUAAAAAAGAGGCUGUAUCCACAUCAACGAAACAUUCACCAUUUAGUAGCUACGAAGUCUAUCGCAGAGAUUCAGAUGCUAGCAGUGGUGGUGGAGUAUCCAAUCAAGGUUCACAUUCAGCAGCUCUAAUUUCUGCAGCUGUUUCAACGCAAGUACCAGUUUCGACAUCUCAUUCUGCUACCACCAAGAAAGGCCGAUACCAAUCAAAUAAUUCCACAAACAAUUCACUGCAUGAUGCAAGCUAUUUCCCCGGAUAUUAUCCCCAACAAAAACAACCAACAACACCAAUUCAUCAAUCUCCGCAUGCGAUAGCCGCCCAACAACAACAACAACAACAACAACAUCAACAAGACUACUAUCAUGGCAAAUAUGAAAUUGAAUUCGCUGCUGCUGCUCACCAUCAACAAAAAGUUCAACUAAACACUCCAACGCAUAAUGGAGUCGGUUCCGUUGGAGUUGUUCCAGAUUUUGUCCAUCAUCAGCAACACCUCCAACAACACCCCAACAUAAUCAAAUCACCAGAAAUGAGUUCACUGAAAAUUCACGAAUUUCAAACCAAACCGCCACCUCCGCAUUCCAAUUACCAUCCACAACAGAAUGCGAAUUAUUACCACGGACAAGACCCAAAUUGUGUAUCUACCCCAUAUCCAAACCACAGCUACGGCUACAACCACAACGAGUAUGAAUCAGCAGCGACAUCUAUGAACUCCAGUGGCAACUACUACCACGAACCGAAAACACAAACCACCGGAUAUUAUGAGAAUGCCUUCCACCACCAUCCACACCAAACAACAACACAUCCGGAAUACCACAACAAUUCCGAAGCGACAAACUACAUGCCUACUGGUCCACAAGCGACAAAUAUUGUGGAACAUUGUGAAAACUACAAUUUCCCUGGCUACUAUGAACAGCAUCCACAUGCACAUCCACCCCACCAUCCACAUCAGAUCCAAACCACUAACCAGCAGCAAGUACCGUCGCAACAGCAACAAAUGCACAUACAUCCGGUGCCGGCAGUGAAUGGAAACUUUGUUGAAACAGCCGCUGUGCAGCCGUUUCCAAUGGCUGCCCCAUCGACGGUUACAAAUUCAAAUCUAACCGGCCUUGAGAACUCGAAUAGUUCGUCGGAUUUUAAUUUUCUUAGCAAUUUAGCAAAUGACUUUGCCCCCGAAUAUUACCAAUUGUGUUAGUUAAUUUAAAAUUAUUGUAUUAAAAUAUAAUUAUAUAUAAAA